AUGCCGGCUCUGGGGGUAACGCUGCUGAGUGGCAAGCCGGUGGUGGAGUUUGAGGACUUCGAGGGCAAUGGUGCGGAGUUGCGAGAGCGGGUAGCUUGUGAGCUACGGAUCUCGCCUGAGCGUGUCAAGCUUCUGACUGGCAGCCGGGAAGUUGCCAACGAAGAGGCCCUCACUGAGGAUUUGGAAGUGACAGCCAUGGUGGCAGAGGGACAAGAGUUGCCGGAGUGGUGUGGAGCAAAGAUGCUCGGGUAUUCCUUUACCGAGGUAUCUGGAGUUGGGCCUUUGCCAGAAAACUCCGAAGAAAUAGAUGCCAAGUUGCUUGGCCGGGUCUUUAUGCUGGCUUUGAAGCGACACGAGGAUACAAUAAAUCGCGCCUACGUGAAAAACGUCAUGACUCUGGGUGUUUCCGCCGACGUUGCUACCUGGGAUUUUCCUCCUCGCCAGGAGUUUCUCCAGUUUCGAGCUGGGCUUAAGCUACCGCCCCAGAUAUCAGACCGCAGGAGGGAGCAACUGCUCCGUACAUGGGAAAGGAUGCAUCAACGAGCAUCUGCACACAUGAAGACAUGUCAGGCAGCGAUGGCUGCUUUUCUUCAGCUGGACCACCGUCUCAUCUUGGGCUCCACUCCAGUCAAGUGUUACAGCCGCUGGGAGUCGCACAACGAAGAGAAGGUCGAGAAGAAGGGGCACCAUCGUAUUUACGGUCUGCGCCAGGCAUAUUGUGCUGUUGAGUUUGAGAAGCUGCUGGGGAGCUGGAUCGAGAGAGCUGGAGUGUUGGACCGCGUGGCCUCAGAGAGUAUCCUGGGCGCGUGGCCUUGGGCUGAGACUCGGUUCCGGUCAGAACCUUUCGCCCCAAUGCAACCCUUCGCCAGCCCCAUUGAGAUGUUUAGUCCGAAUCAGGAGGUAGAUUCGGAAGCCGUGUCACAGCGGUUUGAGGCCUUCACACAUCUACUCGUUGCGUCUAAGCGUGGUAUUCCAGAGGCUGCAUGGAUGGAGCCCUACUUUGCAAAGGCGGUGGCCGCUUUAAUGCACAGCCUGCAGAUGGCUGUUUGGCUCCUCAUGGACGCAGCGCUUGCAGCGAGCAAGCGCAAGGCCUCGCUGCAUCAGAAAAUCUUCCAGGAAAUAUUGCGCAGAGGCGUGAUGGCCUUGAAGGAAGCUGGAGGACAUGUGGAGGAGCUGAAUCUGGAAUUGCGCACGUUCAUCCUCACGCUGGCUGACCACCGCAAUGAUGCUUUGCGGAGCUGGGGUGUGGAGCUCUUGGCCCAACACUUCCCUGAGGAGGAUUCUACGAAAGACUUGCUCCAGAAGCACUCCCAGUUGCCAGCUCAGAAGGAGAUGUCAGCUAGCUAG